AGCCAGAGCUAUUGUGGGAAAAUGAUGCGAGAUGCGAGUGCUUGCAAAGGACAGAUACGCCAUGGCUAGCCGCCGACGGGAGGGACCGACUCUGUUCAAGAUUACACUGCCUUUGCACAAGCUGCGUCCGGCUUCUAAGCUGGAGGCUGUAGGCAAUAUGGCGAGGAUGGAGAAGGAUGUCAACAAGAAUGCAUUUCUGGAUCAGACACUCACCGGAGAGGAUGCCGCCUCCUCUUCGUCAUCCUGUGGAGCGAGGCCAAGAUCGAUAGUGGGCGAAUUCAGAUUCCAAGGGCAUCCCGACAUCAUCGACGACAAUGAAACGGGAGAGGACAAGACAGAUGACGAGGGUGUCUGCAUGGCGACCUGUGCCUCCCCAAAGCGAGUCAGGGCACAGCGUAACAUGCGUCGCGCUUUUGGCCAGGGCCACAGAGCGGCGAUGAACCAUUCUAGUGCAUGGUGGCAUGAAGAUUCUUUCACCCGCUCCCGACACACCGGCGAGGUACUACAGAGAUUUAGUCCACGACAGCAGAUCUGGUCGGCCCCCGAUCCCCUGCCGUUGCAUGUGCUGCCGCGUACAGAGAUGGAGCGAUGA